GAAGUUAUUGUAGACGAGCGACAAACAGAAGAUCAGGAUCUUCACUGCAGCCGAACUGUGCGACUAACCACUGCAAAAUGCCUGGAAAGAAAGUGUGCAUCGUUGGAUCAGGGAACUGGGGCUCCUCCAUUGCCAAAAUCGUAGGUCACAACGUCAAAGCAUCCAACCGGUUCGACCCAAUGGUGAACAUGUGGGUGUAUGAAGAAAUGAUCGAUGGGAAGAAGCUCACAGAGAUCAUCAAUACAGAGCACGAAAAUGUCAAAUAUCUACCGGGCCACAAGCUGCCAAAGAAUGUGAUUGCUGUUCCAGACAUCGUAGAAGCCGUGAAAGGAGCAAAGAUCCUCGUCUUUGUAAUCCCGCACCAGUUCAUUGGCAAACUCUGCGAUCAGAUUAAGCCUCACAUCAUGGAGGGAACCAUUGGGAUAUCGCUCAUCAAAGGUAUAGACGAGGGACCAGAUGGACUGAAGCUCAUCUCAGACAUCAUCCGAGAAAAACUGGAGAUUGAGGUCAGCGUAUUGAUGGGGGCCAACAUCGCUAACGAGGUGGCAGAUGAGAAGUUCUGUGAAACCACCAUCGGGGCAAAAAACGAGGCAAACGGCCACAUCUUCAAAGAGCUGCUUCAGACUCCCAACUUUCGCAUCACUGUCGUACAUGAGAGCGAUACAGUGGAGCUGUGUGGAGCCUUAAAGAAUAUUGUGGCAGUAGGUGCUGGAUUCUGUGACGGCCUUGGUUUUGGCGACAACACCAAAGCGGCGGUGAUCAGGCUGGGUCUGAUGGAAAUGGUCGCCUUCGCCAAACUGUUCUGCAAAGGCCAAGUGAGCUCCUCCACCUUCCUUGAAAGCUGCGGCGUGGCCGACCUCAUCACCACCUGCUACGGUGGACGAAACCGUAAAGUUGCUGAGGCCUUUGUCACGACGUCCAAGUCCAUUGCUGAACUGGAGGCAGAAAUGCUCAACGGCCAGAAGCUUCAGGGUCCACAGACUUCAGCUGAGGUCUACAAGAUCCUAAAAAAGAACAACAUGGUCAACAAGUUUCCUCUGUUUUCAGCCGUCUACCAGAUCUGCUUUGAGGGCAAAGAGGUGAAGGAGUUCAUCACCUGUCUGCAGAAUCAUCCAGAGCACAUGUAAUGAGACCAGUGAGUGGACACGUUCGCUGCUGCUCCUUCAGUAACACUUGAUUAUCACUAGAGGGUGAAAGAGAUUCAUGAGAUGGAAACGCACAAUACAACAAAGCAAAUACAACCAUUGGCACUUUUUAUUACUGAAGAUUAUUUUUUAUUGGUGACAUUUCAUAACUUGUAGCUUCUAAAGCAAUUUAUUUUUAUUGAUUUUGCUCUCAUUUUAUGAAAGCCUCUGUGAUAUUCAUUUGGCUCCUGUGCAGGGAAGUUAAACAUAUCAUUGAGAUAAUACUAAAUAAGCUGUAAAAUAAUGUUUCAUCUGUGGCAAGUAUAAAGCUCUUUAUAAGGCAGACCACUUGUAUUGUGGCCGUAAUUGACAUAAAAUGUCAUAAUUCUUUAUGGCGGCGAAUGAACACAACACUGUCUGACUUGCAUUUCACUACAUGACAGUGUAUUCACAAUCUCAAAAUUAAAACUAAGGAUAUUCUUUGUUCUCUUUAUGUGGGGCUGUUUUCUCAAUAAAAUCAAUUCA